AUGAAGAUAACAGGUGCCUUUGUGCUCCUCGCCCUGGCAGUUCUUUGUUUAGCAAAUGCUGCUGAAGAGAAUGAGGUUGACUGCAGUGAAUACAAGAGGUUACCAAGAGGAAGACCUAUUUACUGCGAAAGACUCUAUCAACCUUUUUGUGGCUCUGAUGGGAAAACAUACAACAACAAAUGUUCCUUCUGCAAAGCAGUCCUGAGAAGCAGAGGUGCCUUACGUAUGAAGCAAGCAGGGGCAUGCUGA